AUGAACACUCCAAAAUCGCGAUCACUCUUCACUCACAUCAACUCGAGAGAGCUCAAUGCUUUCCCAGUUCGCAAACGACCUCGCAUGGAUGGAUUCGUCUCUGGCUUCAACGAGAUCGGAGCCGUUGCCGUUCAACACAAUGCCGAAGACACCAUUCCCCUUUCUCUCUCCUUCUGUAAGACCUCAAAAUUUUCAAACAUCCUCGCUUUAUCCGAUGAGGAUGGAUAUGUGAGCUUGUUCGAUACUCGACGUCACUUCCCCGUUACUGCAACCUUUGAACAAAACGCAGAGGAAGCGAAGAUAUGCGAGUGGGUUUCGCAUCUUAAUGCUGUUUUUGAUGUCUGUUGGAUUAAGGAUGAUACCCAGAUUCUCACUGCCUCUGGUGAUCAAACGAUGAAGGUAUGGGAUGUUCAAGAAAAGAGAUGUCUUGGAGUGUUGACGGGGCACACGGGAAGUGUGAAAUCUGUGUGUUCUCAUCCAACUAAUGCUGAUAUUAUUGUCUCUGGUUCAAGAGACGGAUCCUUUCGUCUUUGGGACUUGAGAUGCAAGUCCACAUCUAGGAGUACUUGCUUCUAUAGUUCAAUGGCUGUCGUCAAUGGAGCACAUCUUUCAUCUCAAGCAAAACGAGUUAGGAGGGGAAAGGCUGCUUCAAUGAGCAUUACAUCUGUUCUUUGUCUCAAGGACCAAGUUUCCAUAGCCACUGCAGGGGCAGUGGAUAGUGUGUUGAAGUUUUGGGAUACCAGAAAUUUGAGAAGUAUUGUCACGCAGACAUGUCCAUGUCCUCAGUCAACUGAAAAGCAAAGAUUACAUGGAAUAUCUAGCUUGUCCCAAGAUGACAGUGGACUUUUUCUUUCAGCCUCCUGCAUGGAUAACCGAGUUUAUCUAUAUAACAUCCUUCAACUUGAAAAGGGGCCAUUGAGAUCUUUUUCUGGAUGUCGAAUAGAAUCAUUUUUUGUAAAGUCUGCAAUUAGCCCUGAUGCAUCACACAUAGUGAGUGGUUCUAGUGAUGGAAAUGCCUAUGUUUGGCAGGUUGACAAGCCUUUGGAAGAACCUACUAUUUUGAAAAGUCAUGACGGUGAAGUUACAGCAGUUGACUGGUGUUGCUCUGAGGUUGGCAAAUUAGCAACGUCUUCUGAUGAUUUUACAGUUCGGAUAUGGAACAAAAACAGUUAUAUCUCCAAAGCAAAGUCUGCUUCUGCCAUUCGAAGAAGGGUAAUGGCAAUGCCUAGUAUAGAGUGCAAAAUGCUUUUAAAUAAUGAAGAAAUGUGCCCCAAGUCAAGUAACAAUACUUUUUUGUCCAAUGAAGCCCCGCAAUGCUCAAUUAAGCCAGCCAGUCCAAUCACACCACUUAAAAUAAAUGUAUCAGAAGACCAUACGAACCAACUUUCAUCCGGCUUAGAUCUAACUGCACCGUCCGAAAAAACUCCAGAAUCUGCUUGGAAGAGCCCCUCAUCUGUAUUGAACCCUCCAUCCUCCCUAAAACGAACUAUCCGGGACUACUUUUUAGCAUCCUCAUGA